AUGACCAUCAUUCUAGGCACAUUUGGCGCAUUGUCAAAGCCAUUUUGUUUGUACACUUACAAUUCGUAUCAUUACUUUUGUUUGGAUGAAAUCAACACUAUUUAUUGCCACAAUAACCUCACAAAAAAAGCAUCUGCCAUUCAUCGCAUCUACAAGGCAGCACCCAAUGACUUUAUAAAGCACAAACAAACGGGUCACAUCUUUGUCAUGACACGCACCAUGCCUCACAUUGCUCGCUUGUUCAAUUGCUAUGCACUAGCUGAAUUAUGUAAAUUAUCCACAGAUGAAAUUCUCGCUCGAGUGGCUGAACCUCUCCUCAAUCUAAUUCAGUGUGACCAGUGGCAACAUGCUUUGUCUUAUCACGUACUUGUGGAACGCGGCGGCAGCAAUGACGAUCUUGUUGAAUUCGAAUCACUGUAUGGCAAUGAAUGGGUGUUUACUAGCACCGUGGCAUCGUGUGCGACCGAUACUAUCACAUCACCGCCAGUCAACAAGACAAAGAAAGCACUACGCACUUGCUAUUACGUGCCAGCAGCAGAACAUAAAUCACCAUUGUAUCGAUGGCUGUCCUCCAAUGUCAAUGACUUGUCUGCACAAAGAGCUAAAAGACAACAACAAGCCAUCAUUGAGACGCGACAACGUCAAGUCGCAUUUACCACGACACCCACCAAAUCAUCCAAAAAGAAAAUUGCAGGUCAAUUGAAUCCACUUCCUCUUCCAACAAGCCCUCCUACCAAAAGAAAACCAUCGUCGUAUUUGCAGCAACAACCAAGCACAACCGCAGCAAAACGACAAAAGACAUCUUGCUCCUCGUCUUCAACACCACAACCACUUCCCAUGAUUACGAUGCAACAAAAUGAUCAUCCCAGAAUAGACCACGGUAAUGAUAACCUGCAUUUGUUGGCCACACAGGCUAUGCAAUUGAGAGGUCUGCCUCCAAGCCCAUCACCUGAACCCGCCACGUUUAAAAACCAACGAUUACCAUCAUUACAAACCAUGUUGUCUGAGUUAAAUCGUCCGCAUCAUCACCGUGUGGUUCCAUUUAGUGAAAGAAGAAAUAUGGAUUCUUGCGCAUAA